AUGCCUUUGGGCCAAGAUGUCGUUGAAAAGGUGAAAGCCUACAUCAAGCAGGCUGAGGACGGUGGGCAUGUAGCCGCUAUCUCCAAUUUGUUCACUUACCUGAAGUCCCGCAAUUUGAUGUACACCCAGAGAGUGAUCCCUUCUUUGGUGCACAUUCACCCUGACAAUCGGGAUGGACUAGGUUGCUAUCCCACAGAGGUCCAUGGACUAUUGACUGACAUUGGCAGUAGUGGUUGGUCAUGGUCCGAAGUGAAGGCUAUAGCAACUGAAGUCCCGCAUGGUGACACUAAAGUACAAGAGUUCAACCAGAAAUUGAUCCAGUCUUCACACGGCAUGCUUCCAGAGGUGCAACCAGGGACUGUGAAAUUUGCAAGCCUCAGCGCCACCCACACCAACUUGGUGUUGCGCUUGUUUGCAGCUGAAUGCAAACACAGUGAUGAAAGAUUCUGCACCUCUGGGCAUUUGAGCAUGGAAAAACUCCAGCGCCAUGACUGCAACUUCCAUGAUGCAGUGACGCAUGGACUUUCAUGGGACAUUUUGUCAUCAGAGAUUUUGGGUUCAUUUCCAGAGCUAGCUUCCCUUAUCCAGCUCACGGCCAACACAUCCGGGCAAUUGCAAAGAAAAGAGACAGAACUCCAGCUAGCCAAGAGGGCUUAUGCAUGCUGGGAGAAAAAAUCCAAGCAGAACCCCCAGGUGAAGUUUGAAGACGUGAAAGCCGAUCUACUUAGGAGCAAGCCGGCAUGCCAGGAAUCACUGGCCAAUCUCUUUCGGUUCGUCAUGCAGUAUGGACAUGCGCCACCAUUUCUUCGAACCCGGCAUGCGUGCAUUCAGUAUGCACUGCAUGGGGGGCACAUUUCCCCCGGUGAGAUCAAGAAACUUUUCAAUUCCCAGCAGGAUCGGAUCAAAAUGACUGAAACAAUCAUGAAUAAAUUGAGAGAUUACACCAAUGCAAAUCCCAUUGGCAGCGAGAAUUGGGAGCAUGUGCAUCAGUUUGACCGUGAUGCCAUCAAACUUCUUCUCCAACAGAACCCCAGUGAGUCUGUGGAGAGCCGGGCAUGCAUGCUGGUUGACCAGAUCCAUGAGAGAUCGGGAGUGAAGCUUACGGAUGAAUUUGAUUCUUACCGUUUGCAGUCGGCCGAUACGGCCCCAUCAUCCUCCAGCAAGGGUUCUUCGUCGCAAGGGGAUGGCAUGGUGAUGCGCCAAUAUGAUGACAGUGGAACUUUGGUGAACAUGCAAGAACUCCUGAAAGAACACGGCUUCGAAGUCGAUUGUCACGUGUCACGGAAGGAUGGAAUUCUAGCCAAAAUCAAAGCUUUUGAGGAUGGCACCUCCAAGGUUCUCCUGUCUGUGAAUGAUGCCAAAGGUGGAUCCAAGGUUGUGAAGGUGGACGCUUCCAGCUUCUUGAAAGGCCAGUGGACGAAGUACCAGCCCAAGGCCUUGCCACAGUACUUGGAGAACUGGUGGAAGCCAAGUUGUGUGGAGCACAAAGACUCCAUAGUCUCCUACGUGAAGGGGAAGGUGGCAGUGGAGUUGAGGGCAGUUACCAUGAACAGUGGUAGCUGUAGCUGCGCUCCACAUGGGCUUCUGAUUCGAAGCAAACCAGGCAAAGGUGUCGUUUGUGCCCUGAAGAUUGGCAAGGGACAGCUGAAAUUGUUUCCCUUCACCAACCGGGUUGACACCGGUAAGGGAGGCGAUGGGUCAGUUCUGGUGACAAAGGUGGGUGACAUGGAGUUCCACCUGCGCCAGAGCACUGGCAUCACUGUGCCAUUCUGGCACGUGGCUUCGGUUGCCGAUGCAGCCAUGGCCAACAUGGAGAUUGUCAACAUGCCUGCCAAGAAGCAUGAUGGGUUGCUGGAGAGCAUCAAGAUUCCCUAUAUGCGGAACAUUGCACCUUUGGAACCCGACACCGAGCUGUUCAUCUACAAGCCUCCCAGCAAGGCGCGUGUCAACCCUGACUCCUUGGACCAGCUGAUGCCGGCCAAACGACUUCGUGCCAAGGAGAAUCUUUGCUAG